AUGUCUGCCCCUUCCGGACAGUCUGUUCAGACAAGUGGCUUCCAGACGUCUGUCGAUAUUGCCCGCCAGCAGCCUUAUGUCGUAGCCCCAUUGGCAGGCCAGAAACGGCCGCCUAGUGGUCCUUUAAAUGAAACUACUACAAAUGGCCACGGCUCUCAUGCUCAGGAUCUGGAUUUUGUCCGGCCCCAAGUGGCCCCUCUUCCAAAGAGUCGCCUGGUUGCAAGCAGGAUUCGCCCCGUUGCUGGCUCAACCCCGGGAGAGCAUGAUAGAAAACGGGUCAUUCCCUUGGAAUCAUCGGCCCAGGGGUUCCUCCAAUCCUUAAAUGACCCAAGAUUUGGGCUGCCAAAUUCCCUUGUUGCGAAUUUUGCUGCUCUCGGUGUCACUAGCAUUUAUCAGUGGCAGGCAUCAUGCUUGCUAGGCCAGGGCCUGCUCGAAGGAAAACGGCACUUGAUCUAUACUGCUCCCACUGGCGGUGGAAAGUCUCUCGUGGCCGAUGUCCUGAUGCUGAAGCGUAUUAUUGAGGAUCCUUCGAAGAAAGCGAUCCUGGUGCUGCCGUAUGUCGCUUUGGUACAAGAGAAACUUAAAUGGCUUCGGCGUAUCGUCCAGGAUGUUGAAAAACACAUCAAGGAAGCCGAAGAUCAGACGGAUGCUAGCCAUCAACGUUGGAGAAAAAUGCAGAGAUCUAUCCGUGUCACUGGUUUCUUUGGUGGGAGUAAAACCACUGCCUCUUGGGCCGAUACAGACAUCGCGGUUUGUACCAUUGAAAAGGCAAAUUCAUUGAUCAACACUGCGAUUGAGGAAUGUAGUAUCGGUGAACUUGGAGCAGUCGUAUUGGAUGAAUUACACAUGCUUGAUGACGAGCAUCGUGGAUACUUAUUGGAGCUAAUGGUGACAAAACUGCUAUUGUUGCAGCAGAAUAUUCAAAUAAUUGGAAUGAGCGCUACCAUCUCGAACACCGAGUUAUUGGCAGAAUGGAUCAACGCCCAAUACUUCAUUUCAACCUAUCGUCCGGUUCCCGUAGAUGAAUAUCUCGUUUACGAGAAUGCGAUCUACCCGGCAGCCACCUCAAGGCAACUCCUUCAAACAAUGGCGAAGCUGCAAGCUAAAUUCACAUCAUUGGGGACACUGCCUGUUCGCGAGGUUGCGACUCCCGAGCGCGAAAUCGCAGCCUCGGCGUCCAAGGAAUUUUCCAACCCGAUGACAAAUGCAAUGGUAGCAAUGGCAAUUGAUACGGUCAUCGCGGGGUACGGUGCUUUGGUGUUUUGCGGUAGCAGAGUAGCCUGUCAGGUCCAAGCUGCGCUCAUUAGCGAGGCAAUGCCCGAUAUAUCUGCUGGCGUGGAACACCUGAACAAGCGUUUUGACCUCUUAGCGGAACUUCGAAGUCUUCCUAGCGGCCUGGAUCCGGCUCUUGAGACAAUACUCAUUAAGGGAGUGGGGUUCCACCAUGCAGGGAUGACAACCGAAGAGCGGGAAGCUAUUGCGCAGGCAUAUGAUCAGGGGGUUAUAAGCGUAUUGGUUGCUACCUGCAGCCUCGCUGCCGGUGUCAAUCUUCCCGCACGAAGAGUCAUCAUAAAUGGAGCACGCAUGGGCCGGGAAUUGGUUGGCCCUGCAAUGUUGCGACAAAUGUGCGGCCGAGCCGGGCGUAAAGGCAAAGACGAAGCUGGUGAAACGUACCUUAUCUGUGGGAACGCUGACCUCAAGGCUGUGUGCGAUCUACUGGAGGCGGAUAUGCCAGCGAUAGAAAGCUGUCUGGCGCCGGAGAAAAGAGGAUUGAAAAGAGCGCUUCUAGAGGCGAUAGCAACUGGACUGGUGUCUGGCCUCGAAGCGGUCAAGGAGUACGUGAGAUGUACCCUUUUAUACCGCACAGUGGAUAAGAAACUAUCUUAUAGCAUCAUGAACUCGGCUCUUCAAGAAUUGGCCGAAGAACAACUCAUCUUUAAUAGUGGUGAUGAGUCUUGGGUGGCCACGCAACUUGGACAAGCGGUUGUUGCCUCCGCGUUCGCUCCAGAGGAUGGCCUCUUCGUACAUGAGGAGUUGAAGAAAGCGCUCCGAGCUUUUGUGAUGGACGGCGACAUGCAUAUAUUCUACAUGUUCACCCCGCUCCAGAUCGCUGCACAGACCCAGAUUGAUUGGCCGAUAUUCAGGGAUCAGUUGGAUGUGCUUGAUGAGAGUGGCCUGCGCGCUCUGCAGUUUGUUGGAGUCCAACCGGGAUUUGUGAAUACCAUGGUUCAAAGUGGCGCAUCAAUGAGGGAGAAAACCCCGGAGCAAGUGACUCAGGCGAUGAUAUAUCGUCGCGCCUAUACGGCUUUUCAGCUUCGUGAUCUUAGCAACGAGGUCCCGUUGUCGGUGGUUGCGAGUCGUUAUCGGAUUCCUCGGGGAGGAGUCCAGACUCUGGCGCAGCAGUGUCAUGGAUUCGCAGCGGGAAUAGUCAAAUUCUGCCAACGCAUGGGUUGGGGAAUGUUAGCUGCAGUUCUCGACCACAUGCGCGACCGCUUAGAAGCCGGUGCUCGCGCCGAUCUGUUGGAAAUGGCUCAAGUGACCUAUGUCAAGGGCUGGACGGCAAGAUUACUCCGCGACAAUGGGUUCAGGAAUUUGCGGGCAUUAGCCGAGGCAGAUCCCAAGGACAUUGCUCCUGUCCUGCAGAUGGUUAACCCGCGCAAAGCCCAGAGGAACCUUCACCCAACUGAAGCCGAGCGGUACUCUAAGAAGCUACUGGCCAAAGCAGACGUCAUCGUUGCAUCUGCAAACAAAAUAUGGGAACGAGAAAUGCAACUUGAACUGGAUGAAUGA